CUUUGAAUAUAAAAGUCCAAAGAGGUUAAUUGAAUAUUUGCACAAUUUUUUAAAAGAAUGCGGUAGUGUAUGUUAUUAUGGGUACUCUGUGUUGACCUUGUUCGAUUAUCUAAAUAUUAAACACGAAGUGAUAUGAGCGUAAUCAUGCCCUAGAGUGGUGUCGAACCUUUAGGAUACUACGAAAUUAGCUAAAUGACUUUGAAUUGUUUAUGAGCAUUUGUAUUUACAGUAAUUAGCAAUAACUAAAAAAAACUGAAGUUGAAUCCUUUCCUGAAGUUCCUAAAAUUGCCAGUAAUUAACAGCGCGAAGAUGAAUGCUAAGGCUGUGUCAGCAAUAAUUUUUGUAAUGGUGGGAUGCAUCCUAAAUAAUGUUUUCCUUGAAUAUAUAAUAAAACUGGAUGCUGGCGCGGGGCACCUUAUAACAUUUUCCCAGUUUCUUUUUGUGGCCAUUCAUGGGUUUAUUUUCACAUCAAAAUUUGGAACUGUUACUCCAAAGAUAGCAUUCAAACAUUAUAUGACACUAGUAAUUUUUUUUUAUAUGACCAGUGUCAUUAAUAAUUGGGUAUUUGACUUUAAUGUUCCUGUUCCAUUACACAUGAUUUUUCGAGCUGGAUCUCUUAUUGCAAACAUGAUAAUGGGCAUUUUCUUAUUAAGCAAAAAGUAUACUUGGCAGAAAUAUUUAUCUGUUUUUAUGAUCACAGUUGGUAUAAUAAUUUGUACCCUAUAUUCCUCUGGUGAAGCAGCAAAAUCUUGCGAGAAUUGCAGUGCGGGUUCAAAUAAAGGCGAGGGUUCAGAGUCAACUGAAGUUCAUAUUGAUCAACUGUUCUGGUGGAUUAUUGGGCUUGUCCUUUUAACAUUUGCACUGUUACUUUCUGCAAGGAUGGGUAUUUACCAAGAGACCCUCUAUAAGGAACAUGGAAAACAUCCUCAGGAAGCUCUCUAUUAUACACACUUGUAUUCACUUCCUGGGUUUAUCUUCAAUGCUUUAAGUAUAUGGGAACAUUCUGUGAUAGCAACUAAGAGUGAGCCAUUUAUAAUACCCUUCACAACUAUUGUAGUUCCAAUUAUUUGGUGGUAUAUUGUUGCAAAUGUUCUGACACAAUAUUUAUGUAUUAGCUCUGUGUAUGUGUUGACUACUGAAUGCAGUUCUUUAACUGUGACCUUAGUUAUCACCUUACGGAAAUUUUUAUCAUUAAUUUUUUCAAUUGUGUACUUUAAAAAUCCGUUCACUCCGGCACAUUGGUUAGGAACGAUAUUAGUUUUUGGUGGUACUCUGCUUUUUGCUGAGAUACCAGCAAGAGUUUCAAAUGCAAUAAAGAGAGUGAAGGAAAAAGAGCGAACCGAUUAAAAUAAUUGUCAUUCCAGAAAUGCACACAAUUUUAGUUGUUUCCUCUGAUAUUUCUAGUCUUAUGUGUUUCUUAUAGGAAUUUCCAUUGGCAGGCCUAGUUGCAAAUUGAGACUGCGUGAUUGUUGAGAAAUGCUGAAGAAAAUAUUAACAUUACCAUAUAAUAGAUCUCGAAAUACAGCUUAUCUGUCAAACUAUUUGGUACAAGGCACAUAGAUUGCCAAUGGAGACCCCUAUUAGAUUUUGAUGUUUUGUUGACAUGUUAGAUAUGUAU